CAGAUAUUUGCAUUGGCAGCUUCAUUACAAAAUCACACGCCAAGAUAACGAAAGGCUCCAAGCUUUUUUGAGCUCCAGACCAGCCAUGGAGUCCUGCACGAUCCUGCCGUUUUCUCGGAGCCUCUCCCUGCUUUCUCGGAGACCCGACAGACACGAAGCCCGUCCCGCUUCGUCGCUCUUCAAGCGUCGGAGCUCUCACCCCGCUCGCAUCCGUUGCCACAAGAUGUACGUCCCCGGGUUUGGAGAAGCAUCGCCGGAGAAGAAAGCGGCAAACCAUCUGCACAAGUUCUUCACUUAUAUCGCCGUCAGGAUCGUCAGCGCGCAGCUUGAGACCUAUAACCGCGAAGCGUACGAGGAGCUGGCAGAGUUUUUGAGCCGGCACUCUUUGAACGACGGGGACAAAUUCUGCGCCGACUUGAUGAGAGAAUCCUCAAGGCACCAGAGCUUAGCUUUGCGCAUUUUAGAGGUUCGAUCGGCAUAUUGCAAGCAAGAUUUCGAGUGGGAUAACCUGAGACGAGUAGCUUCUAAGGUGAUGGAUGAAGCUAACACAAGGCUCAUGAGGGAGUACGUGUUGGAAACUAGUCAUGCGGAAACAGAGAGAGGGAAGUGAUCGGUUUUCUGGUCCGUUUCAUGUGUGCUUUUAGGCCAUACACGCAGUUCGGUUCGUUGCCAUCGUACUAUAUUGUAUAGCGAUUUCAACUUUGCAUAGAAGGAGAUCAAUAGAUGAAGAUUCAUAUGUGAGAACUUUCCUUUCUCCUACGAUAAAGUCCGACAGAGCUUGUAUCAUGGAGGGAUAUCGAUCCCGCCAUCUCUCUGCAUAUGUGGUUGAAAGUGAGCUACUUCUGCUUCCAAGAAAGUAACCGGCGCAAGUUCUUUCGAGACGAUUUGAUGUAUUAAUUGAAUUAGUGCCAUAAGAGUUUCCGAA